UGGCUGGGGGUGGGGAGAGGACGGAGCGCCGGGAGGGGACGGAGGGAAGGGGAGGGGAAGGGUCCCCUCCUCCGGUGACGUCAGAAAGGCGGCUAGGUGUCCGCGGCCGGAGCUGCCCCAGCGGGAGCCGAGGCUCCGGAGCUGGAAGGGAGUAGCCCGGGGAACCGGACCCACGGACUCGCGGACACGGACACGCAGCCUUCCCUGGCCCGGGCCCAGAGCCCCGGGCCGCCCAUGGCCCGGCCCACCGCCCUCCCGCUGUUACUGCUCUUGUUCCUGGGGACCGGAGCCCAGAAUGUCCAAGUUCAGAUACCAGCUGAGGUUCGGGGCCUUCUGGGAAGUGAGGUGACGCUCCCCUGCCACCUUCAGUCUGGGGAACCUAAAAUUCGGGUGUCCCAGGUAAUGUGGCUCCGCUGGGACAGGUACGGGGGCAGCCAGAGCGUGGCCGUUUUCCAUCCCACACAUGGUGCCAGCUUCCCGAAUUCAGGGCCCUAUGACCAGCGUAUGUCGUUCAUCAUUGGAAACUCGGGGAAAACUGAAGCGGAGCUCCGGGACGCCACCCUGCUGUUGAAGGGGCUGAGGGCUGAGGAUGAGGCCAACUACACCUGCGAGUUUGCUACCUUUCCUUGGGGGAGCAGUAAAGGAGCCACUUGGCUCAGAGUGCUGGCUGAGCCAAAGAACCAUGCAGAGUCCCAAGAGGUGACGUUGGGUCCGGACCCAACACCCAUGGCCCGAUGUGUCUCCACGGGGGGGCGUCCGCCUGCCCGCAUCUCCUGGUUCUCUCCCCUGCUGGGUGAAGGCACUGAGAGCAGAACAGCCGGGCCUGUGACUGGCACCUCCACCGUCACCAGCCGCUUCACCCUGGUGCCCACCCCUCAAGCAGAUGGGGCAAAGGUCACCUGUAAGGUGGAGCACGAGACCCUCUCAGAGCCUGUCCUGAUUCCCCUCACCCUUUCUGUGAAAUACCCCCCUGAGGUCUCCAUCUCCGGCUACGAUGACAACUGGUUUGUUGGUCGAGUUGAGGCCACCCUCAGUUGUGAUGCCCAGAGCAACCCUGAGCCCACGGCCUACGAGUGGAGCACCACCAUGGGCUUCCUCCCCCCAACAGCUGUGGCCCAGGGACCCCGGCUCAUUAUUCACUCAGUAGAUGAGUCAGCCAACACCACCUUCAUCUGUAGCGUUGCCAACGCCGUGGGUACCGGUCGUGCCGAGCAGACCAUCCGAGUUAGAGAGUCCCCUGAUACAGCGGGUGCUGGUGCCACGGGUGGUAUCAUUGGUGGCAUUAUUGCAGCAAUUAUUGCUCUGGCCGUGGCUGCCACCGCUAUCCUGAUUUGCCGGCAACAGCAGAAGGAGGAAGAGUUACACAGAAGACCUGAAGAAGAAGAAGAUGAGAUUCCACUCAAGAUGACUACCUAAACAGGAGACAGACCACCCAGCUCCCAUAAGCAAUCUUCAGCACUACUCUGAAAUUCACAACAGACCCAACAGCGAUCAGGAAAUCCAAUAAGAAAUUACAGCAACUUCUCCCACCCCAGAACAGCAGAGCAGGUCAGCCAGAAGUCCAAGGGCAACUGGAAAGGUGGCCCCUAAGUACCAACAUAUGUCACGCUCCCAGUUCUCUGGCAGAGAUAUGCGACCCUAGAAGCGAGGAGGAAAAAGCAAAAAAGCAAGGCAGAUCCUCCAAGGAAGUUCAGGGUGGGAACCUUGGAGGUGCCAAGGAGGGCAGCAGGCAGCACCUGGACUAGGACCCAUCAUGCCUAGCCUCUUUGAGACCCCUAGUCUUGUGAUGCCAGAGAGAGAGAGCCCUGACCCUCAAAGAUCCAGGGGGGCAAAGGUCAGCGUAAGAGCCCAGGUGUCCCCAGUCAGGACCAAGCCACUCAAUGAAAAGUGCAGCAGAGGGCUGAGCCUGGCCCUGGCACAAAGUCCCAGUUCAAGAUCUAUAUCUCUAGAUCAAGUGGUAUGAUGGUAAAGAUGUGGUCUGCUAUUAUUAGUGCCUGAAUUUUUCCCCCUCAAUCUUCCUCUCCUUCAGAAACCUUGUGAGUUAAACCCCAAACUUCCUGAGAAUUGUGUCUCCUCCAACACGGAUUGCUUUUGUGUAUACCUGUCUGUUACACAUCCUUUCCCCGGCUUUCUCAUUAGUUCUCAUUACUGCCUUUUCUACCUUCACAUCCAAGACCCUUCAUGGCUGUCUUUUGCUCUCCUGAAUCAAAUGCUUUUUUAAAAUAGUCACAUGACUGAUAGCCUCCUCUUUCAGGCACCUAUCCCUCAACACCCUGAAAACUGUAUCACCUCCAAAAUACAUUUUUUCUCUGUA